UUCCACUAAAUUCCUAUGCAUGCACAUGAUGCAGCCCACAAGUUUAAAAAGCGCCCCCACACACAACUGAACCAAUUGCUCACCUGCCUACCACUGACUAGUGCCUCAAGAAUCCUCAAUGUGUCCUCUCUUUUCACUCUUCAUUCUACACAUGAUAACCGGCGCCACUGCGCACUCCGCCACGGUUAUUACUCGGAAACCUGCCCGAAAGCUAAAUCCAUUGUCCAGGAUGUCAUGAAGGUGGCUUUGAUUCAAGAGCCAUGGAGUCUUGCUUCAGUCAUGCGCUUACAGUUCCACGAUUGCUUUGUCAAUGGUUGUGAUGCUUCAUUGUUGCUUGACGACACACCAACCAUGCUAGGAGAAAAACUAGCCCUUGCAAACAUUAAUUCACUGAGAUCUUAUGAAGUUGUUGACCAAGUGAAAGAAGCCUUGGAGAAGGUGUGUCCGGGAGUUGUUUCUUGCGCAGACAUUAUAAUCAUGGUGUCUAGAGAUGCUGUUUCUCUGACAGGGGGCCCUUACUGGGAAGUGAAGUUGGGAAGAUUGGAUAGCUUAACAGCAAGAAAAGAAGACUCAGACAACGUUAUGCCAAGUCCAAGAUCCAAUGCGACAUUCCUCAUUGGCCUGUUUGCCAAAUUUAAUCUCUCUGUCAAAGACCUUGUUGCGCUUUCGGGGUCACACUCUAUUGGCAAAGCUCGGUGCUUUUCCAUCAUAUUUCGGCUGUACAACCAAUCCGGAAGUGGCCGGCCAGACCCUGCCAUUGAUCCAAAGUUUAGACAAAAGCUAGACAGGCUUUGCCCAUUAAACGUGGACCAAAACAUUACCGGAGACCUUGAUGCUACGACUGUAAAGUUUGAUAACCAGUACUUCAGGGACUUGGUUGCCGGAAGAGGGUUUCUGAACUCGGAUCAAACGCUUUUCACGUUUCCGGAGACGAGGGAAUUUGUGAAGCUGUUCAGCAUUGAUCAAGGUGAAUUUUUCAAGGCUUUUGUGAAGGGCAUGAUAAAGAUGGGUGACUUGACGGUGGAUCAGCCUGGGGAAGUACGAAAAAAUUGCAGGGUGGUUAAUAGUCAUUCUUCUAAAUUUCCAAUGCAUCCUAGCUAGGGUUCUUGAAGAGAACGGACAGUUGUAAAAGACUUAAUGUUCCAUUUCCAUUGAGGACACCUUUGAUGUUAUGUAUGAAUCAGAUUUUACUAACGGCAUGGCUUAUGUCAUUUGAUUAGGAAAAAUGAGACUUUGGAUGCGGUCCAUAGUUAUGAAUAUUCUUUUAUU